GCUGAACAACGCACGUCACAUUUCUCCUCAACCUCCGUGAGCUGCUCACUUACAGUUUGCGCUUUGCAACUUCGCUAGUGUCUCUCGGUUUGUCCGCUGGUGUGAUGUGAACUGCAGACUAUAUGGCUGCUUUCUUGUAAAUUCUGCUCGAUGUUUGCCCGGAAACGAGAGUUUUGUUGGGUUUGUCGCUGCGUGUGCGGUUUGGAGAUACAGAGAUCAUCACCUCUAUAACUGGCAGUAUGAAUGUCGCUAUUACUAAAUGACCUGCGGGCACACUAUCAUAUGGAUGUUGUUGGACAAACCAAAGGCGAUUAGUCAUUGGGCAAACUUCAGAGAUGGAAGUGACUGUUUCAUACUGCUAAAAAAACCCUGACCCACCUGAAACCACUCAACGGUGAUGGUUUUAUGAGGAUUAAUGGCAUGUUCUCUUGUGGGCACGUCUUUGACCUCUGAGCUCUCCUAGAGGUUAAAACACUAGCCAUGAAAUGUGGUAGAGACGUGUGACACAUCAGGCCCACAAUGCUAUACGGUAGUGGGCAACAGUGUUACAGUCACUAUACAAUACAUGAAAGCUAAAAGGAAAUCUCGUGACUUUCCAGUCUUAGUAUUAAACAUGGCUUGAGUUGGGACUGUAGAAGCCUCAGGCAAUUUCGAUAAUUAUAGAAGUCUCUGAGGAAGUGAAGAGACCAUGUGUAACAUCUCAACAUCGUGCAAUGUUGACUCGAACAUAGACCAGUUCUUCCAGCCGGUGCUGUAUAUUAUCGUCAUCGUCCUUGGGUUCCCCACAAACUGCAUGGCCCUGUGGGCCGCGUACAUGCAGGUCAGACAGAAGAAUGAGUUGGGGGUCUACUUGAUGAACCUCUCAGUGGCUGACCUCUUGUAUAUAGCCACUUUGCCGCUUUGGAUCGACUAUUUCAUCCACCAUGACAACUGGAUCCACGGUCAAGUGUCCUGCAAGCUGUUCGGUUUCAUCUUCUACACCAACAUCUACGUCAGCAUCGCCUUCCUCUGCUGCAUAUCUGUGGAUCGUUACUUGGCGGUGGCUUAUCCCCUGAAAUUCGCUAAAGUCCGCAGGGUCAAAACAGCCUUGCUGGUCAGCGUUGUUGUGUGGGUAACAGAAAUAGUGGCCAACUCUGCACCUCUCUUCCACGAUGAGCUUUUCAAGGACCGCUUUAACCACACCUUCUGCUUUGAAAAGUAUCCCAUGCAGGAUUGGGUGGCCGGGAUGAACCUUUACCGCACUUUUCUCGGUUUCUUGGCACCUUGGGGAGUGAUGUUGGCUGCGUACAGAGGCAUCCUGAGAGCCGUGCGCAGCAACGUCUCCACUGAGCGCCAAGAGAAGGCCAAAAUCAAGAGGCUGGCCCUCAGUUUGAUCCUCAUCGUCCUCCUCUGCUUCGCUCCCUAUCACGUCCUCCUGUUGUGGCGUAGCGUGCUCUUCCUUAGCAACCCCUGUGAUUGCGGUGCUGAGGAGAACUUAUUUGGUGCUUAUCAUGUGACUCUAGCACUCACCAGCCUCAACUGCGUGGCGGACCCCAUCCUCUACUGCUUUGUCAACGAAGGGGCCCGUAAUGACGUGGGCCGGGCCCUGGCCACUCUCUUCGGUCUCUUCCAACGGGGCCAAAGCCCAGAAACACUCAUGGGAGCGUCCAUCACCGUUGAGACACCUCUGGCUAUGAAGAAGCCGGAUUUCUACAGUGAGGUCAAAACGAAUUCUUAUAAAACUGACAUUGAAGUGCUCAAAGACGAGUGCCUUCAAAUGACCAUUCUCAGUGUUAAAAAGUGAAGUUAAAUGUCAAUGUGACAUACAGCGGCCCCAUCAAGUGUAUGGAAUCGAAAUGCAUGUGCGAGUGUACUGUACGUACUACGGUGAUUACAUUUUAUAUGACGUUUAUUUCUAGUAGAUGUGUGAAGUUCUUCUCACGUAACAAUUAACCAUCAAAAAUACUUUUUUGUCUUAAUUUUGAACAAUAUUCUCUUUUUUCUUUUCUUCAGUUUUUUUUUU